UAAAAUAAAAAAUUAAAAUAAACCUGAGAGUUUGAAGAUGGAGAGGCCCUAGAAUAUGUCACCAGCCUCAGAGAGGAACAGAGCCUUUAUUGCAAAAUAGAUAUAUAAAAGCUCUCUCUCUCUCUGUCAAAAGUUAUAAUCAAUUUCGAAGUGUAAGUUGUAUAGAAAACAUCAGGAAGCAAGAAUAAUUCUCUGUGAGAAUCAGAGGAGAAGAAGAUACUUACAUACAUACGUACAUACAUAUAUAUAUAUAUAUAUAUAUGAUAUAUAUGUAUAUAUGUCUAUAAGAAUUAUGAAGGAAACGAAAAUGGAGAGAAGGUCUGAGAAAGGGUCAGGAAGCUCAGAAAUUAGAUCUGCCAUUGAAGGACUAUCAGAAACAGUCAAAGUUAAACCGGUUGCAGAAGAGGUCAAAGUUGAAGUACAUGGUGAUCAUACUCAUGAUGAUGAUGCCCAUUAUAUCCCCAUAAAGCCUUUUCUUUCUAUCUGCAACUCAGUUCUUCAAGUUCUUGAUAGGAUUGGUCCAACUAUGGCUGUUCUCAGGCAAGAUGUUUAUCAAAACAUUCAGAGAUUGGAAACACUUCAUGAAUCUGAUCCUUCAGUAUUUUCAAAUCUGGUUGAGAUUGUGAAGAAAGAAGUCAAUGAAGGAACUGCAAGAAAAGGUAGCAGCUGUAGUAAAGCCAUUGUAUGGCUUACAAGAUCGCUGGAUUUUACGGUGGCAUUGCUGCAAAAAUUAGCCAGAGAUCCAGGGCAAAGUGUGGAAAAAGCAGUGGAAGAGUCAUACAACACAACUUUGAAACCUUGGCAUAGAUGGAUUUCUUCAGCUGCUUUUAGGCAGAUAGCUCUAAAAUUGGUGCCUGACAAUGAAACCUUCAUUGGUCUCCUAAUGGCAAAAGAUGAAAACUAUGAGACUCUUAAAGAAGAUAUGCAGACAUUGAUCUUGUUACUUGUUCCUUUUCUGGAGGAGAUCCACUCUGUUCUGAGAUUUUAUAGCUUGGACAGGAUAAAGGCUACAUAAAGAUUAACUAUAUAUAUAUAUAUCAUAUAUUUUGUAUACAUUAAAAGCAGGAUUUAUAUAUACGUAAGUAUAUAGACUACAGAGUUUGGUUUGUAAAGUAUUAAUCAAGUCCCUUUGUUGUCCCUUUUUGAUGUUCAUAAUAUAGAUAUAUACAAAAGUUGGCAUGUUUUUCAAUAGUAAAAGAAAAUGCUUUGCUUA